AUGAGAGAAAAUGAUUGCAGUCAAAUCGCCCAAUCCAUAUGCUACAUUGAGGCAUUCUUGAUGGAGAAGAUGCGUCUCGAGGAGCCAGGAGUCACCGACCAUUUCUACACCGUGCAACAGUUGCGCAACGCAUUCUUUGAUCUGUGGGUAGCCGGACAAGAAUCGACCAGUGCCACGAUUCCAUGGCUAUUCGCCUACCUGAUCAUGAACCCCGACGUUCAUUUUAAUAAGUAA